AUGGCCGACGCUGGUGCUCCCUCCAACCAGGGCCAGCAGCUUCCUCAGGCUGGAGCCCCUGGCUUUGAAGCUGGCCAGAAUGGUCAGCCUAUGGCCCCUCCGCCUCUGCAUAUCCCGCAGAACAACAACCCGAUCCCGACUGCAAUCACCUCUCCCAGAUCCGCCGACCAGGGAGGCAUUAUGUCGCCUACCAGCGCAGGUGGCUUCCGCCGUGCCGCCCCUGAGCCCAACAAGCGUGCCCUUUACAUCGGCGGUUUGGACCAGCGUGUCACCGAGGAAGUUCUGCGUCAGAUUUUCGAGACUACGGGUCAUGUUCAGAAUGUCAAGAUCAUUCCCGACAAGAAUGCGCGCGGCUAUAACUAUGGUUUCGUCGAGUAUGACGAUCCAGGUGCCGCCGAGCGUGCGAUGCAGACCCUCAACGGACGACGAGUUCAUCAGUCGGAAAUCCGAGUCAACUGGGCCUACCAGUCCAACACGACGAACAAAGAAGAUACCUCGAACCACUUCCACAUUUUCGUUGGCGAUUUGUCUAACGAGGUCAACGAUGAAGUCCUUACCCAGGCCUUCUCCGCUUUCGGCUCCGUUUCCGAGGCCCGUGUCAUGUGGGAUAUGAAGACUGGUCGAUCUCGAGGCUAUGGUUUUGUUGCUUUCCGUGACAGACCUGAGGCCGAAAAGGCCCUGAGCUCAAUGGACGGCGAGUGGCUCGGUUCACGAGCUAUCCGAUGCAACUGGGCAAACCAGAAGGGUCAACCUUCUAUGGCCCAGCAGCAGGCCAUGUCGGCAAUGGGCAUGACCCCCACCACUCCCUUCGGACAUCACCAAUUCCCGUCGAAUGGCGUCGCUAGUUACGAAGUUAUCCUGACUCAGACCCCCAGCUGGCAGACAACUGUCUAUGUUGGAAACCUUACCCCCUACACAACCCCCAACGAUGUGGUGCCUCUGUUCCAAAACUUUGGCUUUGUCGUCGAGUCGCGUUUCCAAGCCGACCGAGGAUUUGCUUUCAUCAAGAUGGACACCCACGAGAACGCAGCCAUGGCUAUAUGCCAGAUGAACGGAUACAACGUCAACGGCCGACCUCUCAAGUGCAGUUGGGGCAAGGACAAGACACCUACUGGCCAAGGCGGUUUCGACCCUGUCCAGUCUUACAGCCCGCAGAGUGCCCAGGCCCCUGGCUUCCCAGGCACGCCUACCUAUUAUCCCCAGUACGGUGCCCAGUACGGCGGCCAACCUGGCAACUAUGGCGGCCCGCAGACAGGAUCACCUGCCGGCUAUGCUGGAUCGCCGAUGGGAUAUGCUGCUCCUCAGAGCGCGGGUGGGUAUGGCAGAGGCCAGCAGCCUCCCAAUGCCGAAUGGGCCCAGCAUCGCCCCGGGCAGAACUUCAACAAUGGAUUUGGCGGUUAUCAGGCCUAG